AUGCAGAUCCAGAUAAAGACACUUACGGGCCGCAAGCAAACGUUUAACUUUGAACCAGACAACACGAUUUUGCACGUCAAGCAGGCUUUACAAGAAAAGGAAGGAAUACAAGUAGAUCAGAUUCGUCUUAUUUACAGCGGCAAACAACUUGCAGACGACAAGACCCUACAGGACUAUACUGUGGCUGCAGGUGGCACAAUUCACAUGGUACUGCAAUUGCGUGGUGGGUGCUAG